AAUAAACCUCCUGUUUUUCCAAAGGAUCUGUCUCAGGAAUUUAAAGCACAUUUAAGACACACACACUCACAUAACAUAAGGAGGGGGGGAAAGGCUCUUCCCCUCCCCUUCUUGCAGAAAGCAUGGAAGAAAGCUCCAGUUCUCCUGUUUCCCCUGUGGAUAGCUUGGGGACCAGUGAAGAGGAGCUGGAAAGGCAGCCAAAGAGAUUUGGCAGGAAGAGAAGAUACAGUAAGAAGUCCAGCGAAGAUGGCAGCCCCAACCCAGGGAAGAGGGGAAAAAAGUCCAGUCCCAGCUCCCAGUCUUAUGAAGAACUGCAGAGCCAGAGGAUCCUGGCCAAUGUCAGAGAGAGGCAGAGGACUCAGUCGCUCAACGAAGCUUUUGCCGCCCUGAGGAAAAUCAUCCCCACGUUGCCCUCUGACAAACUCAGUAAAAUCCAGACCCUCAAGCUUGCAGCACGGUAUAUAGACUUCCUCUACCAGGUGCUACAGAGCGACGAGAUGGACAGUAAGAUGACGAGCUGUAGUUACGUGGCUCACGAGAGGCUGAGUUAUGCCUUCUCAGUCUGGAGGAUGGAGGGUGCAUGGUCCAUGUCAGCCUCACACUAGCCACCGCCGGAACGAGGCCAGCACAGCCGCCAAAGGACUGUCCUGUGUCUGAGACUGAAGUGGAAUUGGGAUGUAUCCAAGUUUGUAGCUUCUGAAACCUUAACAACCUCAAGUAAAUUGGUCCAAAAGACCCUUCUUGACCUCCCUCACUCUGAACUCUUGCAGAGCACUUAGACUGAGCAGGAGCCAGCACCAAAGCUAUGGGUCUGAACCUUCGCACCAUCUCUCCAAGUGACUGAUCACAGAGAAGCGAGAAGCAACAUUCCUGACUGUUCAUCUGUUCAUCGUUGCUGGGUUUUGUGUGUGUGUCCGUCUGGGUGUUUGGUUUUAGUUUUUU